AUGCUCAUUGCCCCUGCUAGUGCACAAUUAUCAAAAUCUGCUCUAGCAGCCCGUCAAUCCAAUGAUGGUAAUCGCCAGAGCACUGAUCAAAGACGUGAUAAUCCCCAAGGUCCACGCCAUGACUCCCGUCAUGAUCAUCGCCGUGACAACCAACCCUCUUACCCUCGUUAUGGAUAUGGAAAUAAUUUUUUCCCUAAUCAAGCUUCUUCACACCAUAAACAACCUCAUCGUCAAAUUUGUAAAAAUCCUGGCCAUACCGCAAAUUACUAUCGUUUUCGUUAUGCUCGGGAUAAUCUUACUUUCGAUGAUCGCUCCACACUUGCAUAG